AUGAGAGGCUCAAGAAUAGCCUAUACAUUAAUUUUUAUAUGCACUCUAUCGUCAAUAAUAAAUGUAAUCUCAGACGAGACUAUCGAUAAAGUAGCAGACAAGAGCAUAAAUAAGACUUUAAUUCGUGCUGAAGCAGAAACUGAACGUCAAAUGCCAGUUUGGGUAGGCUUUGUUGGAUGUCUUGUUGCAUCAAUCUUUUUUGGUUCAAAUCUAUUACCUGUCAAACAAUUUUCAGCUGGUGAUGGAUUUUUCUUUCAGUUUGUAUUUUGUGUUGUCGUUUGGCUUGUUGGUCUUAUAGUCGAUCUUAUUUUAAAUAAUCAACGUUUCUAUCCACUUGUACUUCUUGGAGGUGUACUAUGGACAACAGGAAAUCUUGUCACAGUAUUUUGUAUAAAGACUUGUGGUCUUGCCGUUGGUUUAUUGAUUUGGGGAACAACAAGUUUAGUUGUCGGUUGGGCAGGUGGUCGCUUUGGCAUAUUUGGUCUUGCACCACAAGUACCAACAACUUCAUUAAAGUUAGCCAUGAACUAUGCAUCUGUUGUGCUGGCUGCACUUAGUGGAGUAUUUUUUCUUUUUAUUAAAUCGACAAAAGCACCAAGAGAUGUUCGAUCAAUGAUUGCACUUGACGAACACCCAUCGAUCAAUUUAGACAAAGCCGAUAAUAACGAUACUGAAAAUUAUGCAUAUCUUGAUACUGAUUUUCCAUUUCUUAAUCGAUUAAGUGAUAGAAUACAACAAAUAUUGGGUUGUGGUUUAGCUGCUUUAGCCGGCGUAUUUUAUGGGCUCAUGUUUAUACCCGAUCAAUAUAUACGCGAUCAUAGACAAGAUUUUAAGUAUCUUAAUCAAUUACCACCGAACAAUGGUCUUUACUAUAUUAAUUCACAAUAUUCGGGUAUUCUUCUGUCAUCUUUAUUUUAUUUUGUUGUAUAUGCAGCAUUGAAACGUAAUAAACCAAUAAUUAAUCCAUCUAUUGCUCUACCAGCUAUGAUUAGUGGAGCUAUGUGGGCAAUAGCCAAUAUUGGAUUUAUUGUUGCUAUUACUGCAUUAAAAAAUGCAGUCGCUUAUCCAAUUGUAAAUGUUUUACCGGGUAUCGUAACUUCACUAUGGUCAUUGUUUUUGUUUCGAGAGAUUCAAGGAAAGAAAAACUAUAUAUAUCUUGGUAUUGGUAUGCUAAUUCGAAUUCUUGCUGCUGUACUAAGUGGUCUUUCAGCUUAG